AACUCACAUAUUCCAUCAGUCUACCCCCAUUCUCGUCUUGGGCAAGGGUUCCCGCUCCCUUCGUGGUACCUUCUCAAGUUUGCUUCCCGUCCAGGACGCUAAAUCCCGUCCAGGUCGAAUUCCUUUUUAAACCCGUCCUGGACGCUAAAUCCCAACAUUUCUGUAAUUUCCCGUUCCUUGCUUCGCUUGACGCUACUGCCGCCGCGAGGAGAAGGACAAGCGGCUAGAACCGCCGGCGAGGAGGGAUCUCAACUACUCUUUCUGCCUUCGCCUACAACCGGAUUUACCUACAGGUUGAAGAAAUUCAGAAUGAGGCUGUUGAAGGUAGCAACAUGUAAUCUAAACCAAUGGGCCAUGGAUUUUGAUACCAAUCUGCGGAAUAUCAAAGAAUCAAUCUCCAGGGCUAAAGAAGCAGGAGCUGUUAUCAGGAUUGGCCCAGAGCUCGAAAUUACUGGUUAUGGUUGUGAAGAUCAUUUUCUAGAACAGGACACAGUGACCCAUGCAUGGGAAUGCUUAAAAGAUAUUCUUCUGGGGGAUUGGACUGAAAACAUAUUGUGUAGCAUAGGUAUGCCAAUUAUUCACGGUGGUGUUAGAUACAAUUGCCAAGUUUUCUGCUUGAACCGAAGAAUACUAAUGAUCCGACCAAAGAUGUGCCUUGCAAAUGAUGGAAAUUACAGGGAAUUUCGUUGGUUCUCAGCUUGGACUCCUAAGGACAAGCUAAUUGAGUUCCAAAUCCCCAUAGAUAUUUCUGAGUCCCUAUCACAACAGUCGGUGCCAUUUGGCUAUGGCUAUAUUCAACUUUUAGAUGUAUCUAUUGCUGCUGAAACAUGCGAAGAGCUUUUUACAGCUAAUGGUCCUCGAAUUGCAUUAGCAUUGAAUGGUGUUGAAAUUUUUACUAAUGCUAGUGGAAGCCACCAUCAACUAAGAAAGCUUAAUCUCCGAAUGGAUGCAAUUAGAAAUGCAACACGUUUUUGUGGAGGUGUUUACGUGUACAGUAAUCACCAAGGAUGUGAUGGUGGUCGCCUUUAUUAUGAUGGAUGUUCUUGCAUUGCUAUAAAUGGUGACAUUGUUGCACAAGGGUCUCAAUUUUCCUUGAAAGAUGUUGAGGUUUCAACUGCCAUUGUUGAUCUAGAUGCCGUAUCUAGUUACCGGGGAUCAAUAAGUAGCUUCAGGGAGCAAGCAAGUCAUCAAGAAGAGGUUCCUUCAAUUAAGGCACAAUAUAGACUUUGUCAUUCAUUUAAUCUAGGAUUUGUUCCUAGUAUGCCAAUAGAGGUGAGGUAUCAUUGUCCAGAGGAGGAGAUUGCUUUAGGUCCUAGUUGCUGGUUAUGGGAUUACUUACGAAGAAGUGGAGCAUCCGGUUUCUUACUUCCUCUUUCUGGUGGAGCAGAUAGUUCAAGUGUUGCUGCCAUUGUUGGUUGUAUGUCCCAGCUUGUAAUAAAAGAUAUUCAAGAGGAUGGAGAUGAACAGGUAAAAGCUGAUGCAUUAAGGAUUGGCCUUUAUAAGAAUGGUGAGAUUCCAACGGACAGCAAAGAGUUUGCAAAGAGGAUAUUUUACACUGUUUAUAUGGGUUCUGAAAACAGUUCUGAAGUAACCAGGUCUCGUGCUAAGAUACUGGCAGAUGAGAUUGGCUCUUGGCAUCUAAAUGUAGAUAUCGAUGGUGUUAUUUCUGCAUUACUCUCUUUGUUCCAAACUCUGACAGGGAAGUGUCUGCGUUACAAGGUUGAUGGAGGAUCUAAUACAGAGAACCUAGCACUGCAAAAUAUUCAAGCUCGAGUUAGAAUGGUGCUUGCAUUUAUGCUAGCUUCUCUUAUGCCAUGGGUUCAUAGUAAACCUGGGUUUUUUCUUGUAUUAGGCAGCUCAAAUGUGGAUGAAGGAUUACGUGGCUAUUUGACCAAGUAUGAUUGCAGUUCUGCAGACAUAAAUCCCAUUGGGAGUGUAAGCAAGCAGGAUCUCCGGUCUUUUCUACGUUGGGCUUCCAUACAUCUUCACUAUACUUCUUUGGCAGAGGUUGAAGCAGCACCUCCAACUGCAGAGCUUGAGCCAAUUAGGUCUGACUACAACCAGCUGGAUGAAGUUGAUAUGGGAAUGACCUAUGAAGAAUUAUCAAUUUAUGGGAGACUAAGGAAAAUUUUCCGUUGUGGUCCUGUGUCAAUGUUUCAGAAUCUGUGUCACAAGUGGUGUGGUAGAUUAACUCCAUCCGAGGUGGCAGAGAAAGUGAAACACUUUUUCAAGUAUUACUCAAUUAAUCGCCAUAAGAUGACUGUGUUGACACCUUCUUACCAUGCCGAGAGCUACUCUCCUGAAGACAAUAGGUUUGAUCUUCGCCAAUUCUUGUACAACUCAAGAUGGCCUUAUCAAUUUCGGAAGAUUGAUGAACUUGUACAAGAAGUGUCUGAUCAAAGAACAGCUAGAUUCCCUGAAGGACUAGAAGAUUUGGAUACUGACUCAGCUAGUGGUAGUGGUACAGGAGUAGUGGCAGCGGGGUCUAGCAAUCCAAAUGCUGGCAUUUAGGAAAAGAAAUAUGAUCAAUAAUAGUAAUAAGCUUUUAUGCUGAUCAUUUGUGUUUAAGGUUUACAUUUGCUUUUUAUAGAUCACAGGGAUUUGAAAAAAAAAGAAGUAUUUUGGUCCCUUAAUAAUCUUAUAGUGAAGUUGUAAGUGUAUCAAUUGCUACCUGAACAUUCAACAUUUGGUUGUGUUCCUGGAAAUCAAUAAAUAAAUGGCUAGGUGCUGAUUCUGCUUUCUGAAGAAAGCCGGAAUACAUAUUCUUCAA